AUGCCCGGCUACUUCCAUCCCAGCUUGUCCGUUGUGAUUCUGGUGCUCCUCCCUGUGCCUGCCUUGCACAGGGCUGGUACUUUCUCCUCCGGGAAGUUUGAUGUCAGGGAUAUAUCACUGCACAUGCUUUUCCCCAGUGACUACUCUGCCUUCGGUCUGGCCAAGGAGCAGCGGCCGGCCAGGUGGUUCAUCACAAGUUUGGUUUUGCUGCGGGUCGGCUCCUUUCUGUCGUGUUACCCACUUAUUUAUGCUGCGCGGAUGUUUCCAGAUUUUUUUGCAGAAGGAGCUCUCUUUGCGGACCUGGCUCAGCAGAAUGCUGCUCAGCAGAGUGCUGCUCAGCAGAAUGCUGCUCAGCAGAAUGCGGAUACUGACAUGAGUCACACGCUGUCACUCGCCUUCGGAUUGGGUAUUUCAGUGUUCAUAUGUGGUUCUUGUUGUGGAUGCUGCUUCCUUUCCCGGUGCUUCUGCGUGGGAAACGUUUUUUCUGGCGCCGCAGAAGCGGACCUGGCACUGCAAGAGCGAGUCGAGGAAAGGGCCAGUGUCCUGUCCGAACAAAUGCGAAAGUCGGAGCUUAAGCCUACGUGGACAGAGUAUGUGAUGCUGCACGUUGACAUGAUGAGUUUCGCCGCGGAUUUUGUGUCAGAUGGGCUCCUGGCAUGGAAAUUCUUCGAGCUGGGAAUGUACGGGUUCUUCGCAUUUCAAAUGGCCAUCAUUCUUAUCACCCUCUGGGAAGAAUCACGCGUUGUGCGCAAACUGGGUAGUGUUCACACAGUAUACCACGCAGUUGCAGAGUCCAGUUCGCGUGGGUGGCCAACAGACAACCUGCUGGCGAUACUGAUGCAAGAAAAGCUGAUCGAGGCGACUCCCUCGAUGCUGCUCGUGUCCGUGGCGUAUUUCUAUUUCCCGCAGAGUGAAAGUCAGAGUACGCGUCGACUCUUCGGAUACGACAUCACGUUGGUGGUAGGUCUCUACAAGAUGGUGACAGGCACUUACGGCGCAGUAAAGGCCGCGUAUGUACUUAUGCAUCUGGAUCUGGAUCGACACGUUGCUGUUGCUGUGGAAGGUCUGGGGUCGCCAAGCGCUCCAAGCAGCCAGCAUUCUUCGAACAUGCCAGCACAGCCUUCUCAAGCACCUCAAAUUGGCCACAGGCCUCCAGCUCAAUUGGUAGGACCUGCAGAAUUCCCGGCACGCCCGCCAGGAAUUAUGCCUCGGCCUGUGGCUCCUACCCCGGCCUUCCCACCAGGCAUUGUACCUCCGCCUGCAGCUCCCACGCCGUCGGCACCUUUUUCCCCAAAAGGAGGCUUGGAACACAAGCCGGCCCAAGAAAGCCCGCCAUGGCCUGUCGCAGUUCCAAUGCAAACGGAAGAGCGGCCAGCCGAGACGUCCGCAAGCCUGAGGCUUUCCAUGCCUCCGCUGCCACCCAUCCAAGUCGGGGCGCCGAGGGGUGCUGUCGACCACGAGUAG